AUGGAGACUCCCACCAAGCUACCCCCUAGCCCCUCUUCACCUACCACCGGCUUCUCGGUGCCUAGCGCGGAGAAGGUGGAUGGCUUUCCCCGUCGCUCAAUGCGUCGUGCCCGGCAACGACGCUCACACAGCUCGUCUCAAUUCCGUUACCAGAGUUCACAAGUGGAGCUUACAGCGCUGCCUUUACUGAAAGACACCCCCGUGGCGGAGCUCCAUGACCUGUUCUGCAAGAAGCUGCAGCAGUGCUGCGUGCUCUUCGACUUCCUGGACUGCGUGGCCGACCUGAAGGGCAAAGAGAUCAAGCGCGCCGCCCUCAACGAGCUGGUGGAGAGCCUGGCCACCAACAGGGGAGUGCUCAUCGAGCCCCUCUACCCCGAGAUCAUCAAGAUGAUUUCAGUGAAUAUCUUCCGUACACUGCCACCCAGCGAGAACCCGGAGUUCGACCCAGAGGAGGACGAGCCCACACUGGAGGCCUCCUGGCCACACCUGCAGCUGGUCUACGAGUUCUUCUUACGGUUCCUGGAGAGUCCGGACUUCCAGCCCUCCAUGGCCAAGCGCUACAUCGACCAGAAGUUCGUCAUGCAGCUGCUGGAGUUAUUUGACAGCGAGGACCCGCGGGAGAGGGAGUAUCUGAAGACCAUCCUGCACCGCGUCUACGGCAAGCUGCUCGGCCUUCGAGCGUACAUCCGCAAACAGAUCAACAACAUCUUCCUCAGGUUUAUAUAUGAAACUGAGCAUUUCAAUGGAGUUGCAGAGCUGUUGGAGAUUUUAGGAAGUAUCAUAAACGGCUUUGCUCUGCCUCUGAAGUCGGAGCAUAAGCAGUUCCUGGUGCGAGUCCUGAUCCCACUCCACACGGCCAAAUCUCUCUCCAUCUUUCACGCACAGCUGGCGUACUGUGUGGUGCAGUUCAUGGAGAAGGACGCCACCGUGACAGAAUCCAUCAUUCGAGGACUGCUCAGAUAUUGGCCAAAAACAUGCACCCAGAAAGAGGUGAUGUUCUUGGGAGAGAUUGAGGAGAUCCUGGACGUGAUCGAGCCGUCUCAGUUUAUUCGCAUCCAGGAGCCACUUUUCAAGCAGAUCGCUGCCUGCAUCUCCAGUCCACACUUCCAAGUGGCUGAGAGGGCCCUGUACUUCUGGAAUAACGAGUACAUCCUCAGCCUGAUCGAGGAGAACUGCCAGGUCAUCCUGCCUCUGGUCUUCUCCACUCUCUACAGAGUAUCCAAAGAGCACUGGAACCAGACGAUCGUCUCCCUCAUCUACAACGUUCUCAAGACCUUCAUGGAGAUGAACAGCAAACUUUUCGAUGACCUCACUGCCACCUACAAAGUGGAGAAACAGAAGGAGCUGAAGCGUGAGCGUGAGCGCCUGGAGCUGUGGCGUGGGCUGGAGGAGCAGCAGCAGCGGCGUCUGCAGAGCCUGAUGGAGGCCAGCCGCAACCAGAAGAACCUGCAGGAGAGGGAGAGGGAG